CUUUGGAGGCGAUGUAAAACAUUCGCGAGAUCUCGAACUACACAGAACUUGGACAGAGUGCGGAGUGCUAGUAUUUAUUCAUACAAAAUGGACAUCGAUUGACCAGGAAACUUAAAGCAAACGAAAGAGCAGAAUGUCUUUAUUUCAUCCGUGCGGAACGAUUAAUCGUUGAUUGUGUGUAAAUGCAUUUUGGGUGAAAAUCCAAAACUUCAUCUGUCCAUGGGUCUGCCAAAAUGGCGGCCGCUGUUUAUGUAUUCGCUGCUUUUGUUAUAUGGAAUUUGAUGUGUUUUAGUGGAACAUUGGGCGUGCAGCUACAAUGUCCGACGUAUUGUAAUUGCUUAGGAAACCUUGUAGAUUGUUCUCGACAAGGUCUUAUAAAUGUUCCGAAAGACCUCAUUUUCCCAGUGUGGACAACUAGACUAGAAUUGCAGAACAAUGGAAUUUCAUCCUUGUCUAAAGAUGAUUUUAAAGGAUUAAGAAACUUGACCCAGCUAGACAUCAGCUCCAAUGAUCUUCACUUCCUAAAUGACAGUGUAUUUGAACAUCUCACAUCUUUAGAAAUUUUGAAAAUCAACCACAACAAACUCAAUGAAGUGCCUAAACUAAAAGGACUGGGAAAGCUGAAAGUUUUAGAAUUAAACCAUAACCACAUAGGAACCCUGGUUCCAGAGUUCAUGGUUCACAUGAUCCAGCUAACAUCCUUGGAACUGAACCACAACUCACUAACGGACAUAAUACCAGGGGUGUUCCCAGCCAACAACUCACUUCAGAAACUAGUCCUGAAUAAUAAUUACUUGGAGUCUUUCGAGUCGAACUGCUUUGACAACCUGACAUCUCUGGAGGUCCUGAAGAUCAACAAAAACAAAGUGACCACCAUCUCCAAAGACAUCUUCAAGAAGCUGAAAAAUCUGGAAACUUUGGAGAUGACAAAGAACAAACUAAAGAGGAUAGGUGGACUGACUUUUCAGGAUCUGAAAAAUCUGAAGAUUCUGAAGCUGAGGAAGAACACGAUCACAAAGAUUUCUGAUGGAGCGUUUUACGGCCUGGACAAACUUGUCACCUUGCAAUUGGAACAUAACAAUAUGACACGAGUGACCCAGUCGUGGCUGUAUGGAUUAAAGGGCCUAAGAGAGAUAAACCUUGCACACAACAAGAUAAAGACGAUUGAUCCAGAGGCUUGGCAAGGGUGUGUUUCAAUUGACACAAUAGAUUUAUCUAACAAUAGACUGGUUACUAUCAGCAGUCAAGCUUUCUCAAAGCUUGGUCAUCUCAAGAAGCUGUUCCUCAAUAGUAAUAUGAUCACCAACAUCCAGGAUGGAGCAUUUCAGCAUCUUCAGGAGCUAGAGGAGCUGGAACUAAACAAUAAUGACUUAUCCUGGACCAUAGAGGACAAGUCUGGUGUGUUUGUGGGUCUGGUUAAGCUGAUGAAACUGAAACUGGAAAAGAACAAGAUCAAGUCAAUAGCUAACGAUGCAUUCAAAGGGUUGACCAACCUACGGGUUCUCAGUUUGAACAUGAACAACAUCACGUCUAUCAAGAACAAUGCCCUGGAGAGCAUGAUCUCCCUACAGCAACUGUACAUGAAUUCGUCUAGCUUUCUGUGUGAUUGUCAGCUUCAGUGGCUGCCCACAUGGUUGAUUCAGAAAACAUUCCACACCAUGGUCACCGCUAAGUGUGCUUACCCACCCAAACUCACUGGGAAGAAUAUAUUUCUGGUCCAGGCAGAUGAAUUCAAGUGUGAUGGUGAUUUCCUGAAGCCGUACAUCACAUCUCAUCCCAAGACAAGAGUGGCUUUGAAGAAUGACAAUAUAACCUUGACCUGUCAGGCAGUCAGUACAGAGGACUCUGGGACAGUUUUCAUCUGGAAAAGGGACAAUGUGGUGUUGACAGAGGGAAUGGACAACACAAAAGAGGCGGGGGUCCUGGGUGAUGGGAGAUCCAUCUAUAACUUCACCUCCCACCUCACCCUCAGGAACAUCCAGGAGAGGGACGUGGGAAACUUCCAGUGUAUCAUCACUAACAAGUUUGGCUCCGCCUACUCCAAUAAAGCCAACAUCACCAUUCAUGAAUAUCCAGAGUUCAUCAAAACUCCCAUUAACGUAACAGUCAAGGUAGGAACCACAGCCAGGUUUGACUGCUCAGCAAAGGGAGAACCAAAGCCUAAGAUUGUCUGGAGGAAGAACGGGGGAACUUUCCUAGCAGCUAAUGAGAACCGAUUCCACGUGAUGACGGCUGACGAUGUGUUCUUCAUAGCUCAGGUGAAGCCGGAGGAUGAGGGGGUGUACAGAUGUACAGCAUCCAACUCAGAAGGACAAAUCAGCAUCAACGUAACAUUGUCUGUUCAGCAACCUCCUUCCUUUACGGAGCCCAUGAGGAGAACAAAAAUUGUGAAUGAGGGACAAACAGCAGUGUUGGAGUGUAUGGCAGAGGGUCGUCCUAAACCAUUACUCUCCUGGAAGAAGGAUAACCGCACCCUGGAUCUGACCAACCGCCACUUCCUGGCAGCUCACAAACAACUGCUCAUCAUCGUAAAGACCACCACAACAGAUAGUGGCAAAUACACCUGUGAGAUGAAAAACACAUUGGGAAGCCGCAGUGGAGACACCCAUCUUCAUGUGCAGAGUCUUCACCAUCCUGUCAAAUCUAAUAACCAGAGGCCUUCAUCUGAAGAUAGCUCUAUAGAUGAGUCUACCACAACAGGAAUUAUUAUCAUUGCUGUGGUAUGUUGUGUGGUGGGAACCUCCUUGGUGUGGGUUAUCAUUAUCUACCAUACCAGGAAAAGACAUGAGCUAUACACGCCCACCUCCACGGAUGAUUCCCCCAUACCAGCUGACUACAUGAGCCAGCAGCAGUACGAAGAGGAGGGAGGGGUAUACCCUCACCAAGUGAUGAUGUAUCACCCUGGAUCUUAUCAGCAGUACCAGGAGUAUCAGAGCAAGGAGUCGGGGUACGAGUCGUCUUCAGGCAGAAUCAGAGCUGCAAGAGCAGCGGCCAUCUUCCCCAGUGAUGUGGAGGAUGGGAACCAGCACCCUGGAUCCAGAGUACCAGCUGAUCACUCACCAGACAACAGUGCUUCAUAUCCAAACAGUGAAACAGACUCACUCAAAAGUUCUCAGAGCACGAGUAGCACUCACACCAGUGGUCAGCAGACACUGAGGACAUUCCACCCAGACAUUAGGGAGGUCCCGCAACCUCCCCCUCUCCCCCCUUCAACGAGAUCCCAAAACAAGUGCUCAGAGCAGAGUUAUUGUGAGAACUGUGAAUUGUGUAGAGGUGAACAAAGUGACUCGCAUAAAUGCCAAAGUUUAAACAGACAUUCUUUGCUGAAUGGCACAUACUCAAAUGGAUUAUCGCAUCCAGGAGUCCAUCACGGUUCACUUCCUCAGCCCCCUGGUGGUAGUAUUAGAGAAGUAGGAGUUUCAGAAAGAAUGUGUGAUAGUCCACCACAACAAUCCUGUACAUGUUCAACUUGUCAUAAUCAUGUAUCUCCUGUAUAUAACUCAUCUCUCAGAACAAGCAAUGCGUGUUCUUAUCAUCAUAGUCCACAAUCAACCUCCCACAAUGCCAGUAAUGGACCUUGUUAUUUAAAUACUCAUGAAAUUCGCAUUUGUGCAAAUCCCUGUUGUGCGCCCCCUGGUGAGAACAGGGAGCAUCGUAGUGACAAUCAGGAGGGGAGACCACUCCAUCGGUUUCGGUCGGCAGAGAACUGUAUGGUGGGUGAUUACUAUCACCGGGCAGACACUAGAGGUCACCACAGUCUGAACCGGAACUGGUCAACGGACAAAAUCCCCCCCACCAUUCCACCGAAACAGCAUAAACAUAUGUACAUACAUGCAAAUAAAUGCUCGCUGGCACAGAAUGGGGGUCCCCAUGGUAAAUACCCCCACCCUCAGAAUGUCUAGCAUAAUAUACUGAUGUAUAGUGCAGUGUUAAAAUUUUGUCUUUUCAAAGCAAGCUUCUGGAAUUUGCACUGUCAAAUUGCUUAAAUUGGAAGAAAAAUAUGUACCAUUUGAGAUGAGUAUUAUCUUAAAUUAUCUUCAGGUUAUUGAUAUUUUGUAUUUUAAAUGUAAAGCAACAGUGCAAAUCUCAUUACCUUCUUUCAUAGUAUGUUAAUAUUUUAGCUGAUAUAGUUUGAAACUAUUUCAAAACCAGUGAAAUUAUAACCAUUGUUGACUGUGAUCGUAUAAGCCAAAGGUUUUCUGUUUUGUUCAACUUUGUUGUGUAUAAUGCAAGUUCCUUAAUCAUGCAUUUGUUGAACUGACAUUUUUUCCUCCCCCCAAAGAAAAGCAUUAGUAUGUUAUCAAAAGGCAGAAACAUUUUUGAGCAUUUAUAAACCAAAAGCAUUAUAGAUGAUUUUCAUUGUAGUCUAAACGGAGAAUUUCAGUUCUGUGUACUGCAUAAUACAAUGUAAAAUGGUGUUUAUGAAUUGCCAUACGUUUAAUUUAGAUUGCUUUGAAUUCUCGGAAAGAUUUCUUCAUUCCAUGAAAAAAAAUUGAAGUAUUUCUUUCUAUGUAUUUAAGAUGUACAUACUUAUGUAUUAAAAUGAAAUACCUCAUACCACAAAUAUUUGGUUCAUACAUGUUUCUGUUUGAAAGUUGGAGAGUGACUCAUGUUAUGCAAGUUUGUUUAUGAGACAAAUUUUUUCAGAGUUUUCAUUUUGGAAUUGUGAAAUGUCCAAAAUGUUGAUAAUCAUUUUUCAAAUAGUAAGCACUUUUUUAAAUCUCCCAAUAGGAAUAAAUUCAAUAAAAUAGGUUUAUGUCGGUUACUUUUCAGUAAAGAAGUAUGUUGGUGUUUUGAUUUGCAGUCCGUUACAUUUUAGCAGCAGCAUACAAGGUGCUUUAAAAGAUAUAUCAGUAUUUUAUAUUUACCAUUUGUUUGUAGACAGCAUUGUGUUUCAUUGCUUUUGAGUUUUGUAUGAAACAUAUUGUGAAUCUGAUGAACAUUAGGUCUAUUAAAUGCAUUAUUAUAAAUGUGACUAUAUAAUGAAAUCCAUACACACUAACCUCCCUUUGUUACGAGACGUCUUCUUUUUUCUUUCUUCACCCAUUUUCACUUACAUGUCAUGUUAUCAUUUUAUUUUCUCUCAUGAAAAUGUAUUCUGUUUAGUUAUCCCAAAAGAUCAUACUUUAUUGUGGUUUUCAAAAAAAAGUCCUCAAUUUUUAUUACAAAAUGUUAAAUGAAAUUUGGCUUUGUUUAUAGAAUAUUUAUGCAUUGUGAUUGAUUUUAAAUUUAAAUACACCAUCAAAGUUAUAAAAAAAAAAAAACCCAAAUAAUCUUAUGUUAUAAAUAAAAAGUAUUUUUAUUACAUUUCUCGAGGUGCCAUUUGUUAACGAGUUUAAUCAUCCAUUGUACACUGUAUGUCAUAGUGUUUGUCUAUACUACAAGUGUAGCUUCAACUCUUAUUUAUUUAUGGUUGUGUACAUUGUGACGACAUUGAAGCAGUUUCUGUUAUUAUAUUUGUACAGAAAAAAAUAAUGAAAACAGCAAAUUAAAAUAUUUGAAAUAAUUUA